AUGGCAGCCGUUGAUGGUAGCUCCGGUCGGCCUUCUCUUGCCGAUUUGGUGGCUGCUGUCCCUCAACCUAUACCUGAGAUGUUUCUUGCUCCCAGACCUCCGAAGAUGGUGGAAGGAGAGGUUUACUUUCAAUUCACUAAAGAAGAGAUCGCACGUUCGGCGGAGCCUUUCCGCUAUUCGGUAGUGCUGAAGUUUCUGAAGAACAGACCUUCGUUGGAUGCAGUGAGGGCUUUUAUUCACAGUCGCUGGGGUCUUAUGGCCAUUCCUGUUGUAUCAUCCAUGAGGAGGCCUCGUAAUGUAUUCGUACGCAUGGCUAAUGAAGUUGAUUUCACCAAGGCUUUAUCGCUGGAGGUUUGUGAGAUAAAUGGAGUAUUCUACCGUGCUUUCAGAUGGUCACCAGAUUUUAAUGAGGAUGCAGAGCCUUCUAGGGUCUCGGUAUGGGUUACCUUGCCGGGUCUCCCUCCAAAUUUUUAUCAAGAAGCGUUCUUGAACAUAUUGAUGGCACCUAUUGGCAAUUUCAUCCGCCGUGACAACCCGACUCGGUGUGCAACAAGAACGGAUGGUGCACGCCUCUGUGUGGAAGUGGAUGCUGCGAAACCACCGCUGUCUCAUUUCUGGAUUGGAGCACCUGGGCUUCCUUCAAGUCGUAGGCAGGAAAUUAUCUAUGAAACACUCCCGGCAUAUUGCUCUUCUUGUAAUAUGCAGGGGCAUAAUGCAAGGACUUGUAAUCCUGGGAAAGUUGAUAAGAUUGGGGGAAGAAAAGUGAUUAAAAAAGUUCAUCCAGAGACAAAGAUUCUGGCAGAUGAUCAGGGGGCGGAGCAAUCUGUUGAUAAUGUGGAUAUUCCCUCGCUGGUUGUUGUGGAAAAUAUUGUUCAUGCAGAAAAUAGUAGGAGGAUGGAGCAGGAAACAGAGGAUGCUGGGGUGAGUAAGGAGUUGGAGAUAGUUGCUAUAGAUUAG